CUAGGGGCCGAGGGUCUGACAACAAUUGCGAGACUGGUCUGUGGUUUGUCUGCCGCUUCUCCCGCUUCUGCCCCCUUCAAAGCCAUCCCAUCUUAUCCCCGCAAUACCAGCGGAGUUUCAAGCCUGGGAAUACCGAGGUCAUCUCGGUCAACAAAGGCUUUGUAGCCGUUGUCACCAUGGUGCUUCGGCACGAUUCGCAUUUAACAAAACGAGGCUAUGUCGGUGGUGUCAAAGUCUCUGCUCUAUAGGCACAUCGACUUUGGUCAGAUAUCCUCCUUUUCGUUUCCUUGAAAUUGUUGGUAUUGACUUAGACCACUACACACCAUGUCGGCCAGCCCCCCGCUCACAGGCCUCAAGGUCCUUGAGCUUGCAGGUCUUGCCCCAGGACCUUUCUGCGGAAUCCUCCUCGCCAACUGGGGCGCCGAUGUCCUUCGCGUCGACCGACCAGGUGGACCCCAGGCACCACCAACAAACGACCUCCUCACUUCACAUAAAGCCUCUGUCGCUCUUGACCUGAAGACCGCAGCUUCAGUCGAAGUCUUCCUCAGCUUAAUUGACAAGGCGGAUGUCCUCAUCGAUCCUUUCCGACCCGGUGUCUUGGAGAAAUUAGGCUUGGACCCAGAAAAGGUGCUGCUGAAGAGAAAUCCCCGCCUCAUCACAGUCCGUCUGACUGGGUUUCGACGAGAUGGCAAAUACUCGGCCAUGGCAGGUCAUGACAUCAAUUACCUGGCCGUCUCAGGCGUGUUGGGCAUGCUAGGGGCAAAAGACACACCACCUCUGCCGCCGGCCAAUAUCCUCGCCGAUUUUGCUGGUGGUGGACAUGUUGCUUUUACUGGAGUGCUGCUCGCGCUGAUCCAUCGAUCCACGUCAGGCAAGGGUCAGGUGGUCAACUCCAACAUGGUGGACGGCGUCAGCUAUCUGGGCAUGUUCCCGCGACUGUUGACCAAGGAGGCGAUGUGGUCUGGCCCUCGUGGCACCAACACUCUGGACGGAGGAUGUCCGUACUAUGGUUCAUACGAGACCAAAGACGCGGGCAAAUACAUGUCUGUCGGUGCGCUGGAGCCACAAUUCUACGUCGAAUUCAUCAAAGGUCUUGGCUUCAAACCCGAAGACGUUCUCGCCCACAAGGACCUCAAGCGUGACGAUCCCAAGGCCUGGCCAUACAUGCGACAGGUUUUCACGCAACGAUUCAAGACGAAGACGCGCAAGGAGUGGGAGGCCAUCUUUGACGGCACCGAUGCCUGCGUAGCUCCGAUCCUCGAACACAAGGAGAUGGAAGCUUCCAACUACGACCAUCGACCCAUUGUUGAAUUGACUGUUUCACCAGGCCGCAAGGUCGAUCGGCCUUGGAAAGGCCAGCCCAUGCGGUCUGGCGAGGGAGGUGACGCGAGAUUGGAUCAAUGGCUGGGUUGGAAGCAAGGUCGGGAUUUUGAUGUUCAAGGUAGAUCUGGAUCAGAAUUCUUGGUCAAGAAGGCGAAGAGCAAACUAUAGAGAGGAUAAUGGACAAUGUUAUUACUCAUUCCACCUCAUACAGUGGGGAUGCUCAUGCGAAUCACUUUUCCAACUCGUGCGCUCUCUUUUGAUGGUCU